AUUCACUGUUAGAAAAUUGGUAUACAUUCAAAUAAUUUAUAACCGUCCAAGAAUAUUAUGUUUUGCAAAAUAGCUUAGAAAAUAUGACUUCUAUCUUAGACCAAGCGACUCAAAGUGGUUCUUUAACUCAAACAGGCGUGUUAACUUCUGAAACUCUGUUAUUUAGCGACUUUUGCCGUUUCUUAGAAGUAGUUUCUAAAGAGAGUGGAGACGCGAAAAAGAAAAAGUGUGCAAAAUUUAUACAAAAUUAUCGUAGUAAAUAUGGAAAUGAUUUUUAUCCUGUUAUGCGUCUAUUACUUCCACAUCUUGACAAAGAAAGAACGAAUUAUGGUAUGAAAGAGAUGGUUCUUGCCAAAACUUAUAUAUCUGUCAUGGGAUUAGCCAAAGAUUCUGUUUAUGCUAAAAGAUUAAUUCAUUGGAAGAUGCCUGGAAGCUCGAGAAGUAAAACUGCUGGUGAUUUUGCAUCUGUAGCAUUUGAAGUAAUUUCUCCUCGAUCUACAGUUGUUGGUCGUGGAACAAUGCCCAUUGAAGAUGUAAAUUAUCAACUUGAUGUUUUAAAUGCAGCUAGCGGAAAACAAGAAUACCAAAAAGUAAUACGACAUUUCUUUAACGAUUAUACUGCCAUGGAACAAAAAUGGAUUAUAAGGAUAAUUUUAAAAGAGCUCAAGAUUGGAAUCAGCGAAAAAUCAAUAUUUUCAUUAUUUCAUCCCGAUGCUUCUAAUCUUUUCAAUGUUUGUAGCGAUUUGAGAAAAGUUUGUGAAGAUCUAAGUGAUCCUCACACUAGACUUCAAAUAUCGGAUAUUAUUCUUUAUCAUCCAUUCAAACCUAUGCUUUCUAAACCCGUUGCUGUUCAGAAUGUUAUUAAGACUAUGGGUGGUGAUUUUUGGAUAGAAGAGAAAAUUGACGGAGAAAGAGUACAAUUACACAUGAAAGAUGGGAGAUUUGAAUAUUUUUCAAGGAGAGCCACACAGUAUACUUAUUUAUAUGGUGGUAGUAAAUUUGAAGGUUCAUUAACGCCAUAUAUAGCUGAAUUGUUUCAUCCGCGUGUUAAGAAUAUUAUUCUGGAUGGAGAGAUGGUAGUAUAUGAUCCUUUAUUAGAUAUCUAUAAGCCAUUCGGAACUCUGAAAACCGCCGGGAAAGAUCACUCCAAUGACCCAAAUAAAGAAAGACCUUGUUUCGUAGUAUUUGAUGUUGUCUUAAUCAAUGACAAGCCAGUAAUUGAUCAACCAUUACAGAAAAGAAACGAAUGGCUUAAAACGUUGGUUACUGAAAAACCAGGAUACCUGAGACUCCUUAGUCACAAAGAAGGCAGCACGGCUAAGGAUUUAAUUGAUGCGUUAGAUGAAGCUGUUAUGAAAAGGCAAGAAGGAAUUAUCAUUAAGAAACCAUCCAGUAAAUAUGUCCUUAAUGAAAGGAUUGAUGACUGGGUUAAGAUAAAGCCCGAGUACUUGGAUUCCCUUGGCGAUAGUUUAGAUUUGUUAGUUAUAGGUGCGGAUUUUGGCGCCGGAAGACGUGGAAAUAUGUUCGGCAGUUUUAUGUGUGGCCUAAGAGAUUCAACAUCGUCAGAUGAUAACCCAAAGUUUAUAUCAUUUUGUCGAUUUGGAACUGGUCAGACGAUGAAAGAAGCUGAAGAUAUUAAAAAUAAUUAUGAAGGUUGGCAGCGAUAUGACCCAAAUAAUCAUCCAGAUUGGCUUGAACUUGGUAAAGACAAGCCUCAUAUGAUAAUUCAUCCGGAAAAUUCAUUAGUGGUACAAGUUAAAGCAGCUGAAAUUGUUGCUGGAAAUCAGUUUGCUUCCAAUUAUACGCUUAGAUUUCCUCGAUUUGAGAAAAUUCGCGAGGAUAAAGAUUGGGAAAGUGCAAUGAAUUAUGAAGAAAUGAUGAACCUUCGCAGACAGGCAUCAGGACGAUUGCAGUCCAGAAAAGUUACCGAAGAUGAUUUAGUUACCACCGCGCGAGCCGUUAAGAGAAAAGGAAAGACGGCAGCACCACGUAGAGUUAAGAAAUACACUAUGCUUGAAACCUUUACUUCCAAUAUAGGACCGGUAGAAGAAAAAUCCAUGAUAUUUAAAGAUAUGAAAUUCCACAUAAUGUUGACAAAAUAUAAAGAAUAUACAAAAUCAGAUUUUGAGCGUAUGAUUAAAGAACACGGAGGUAGCUAUUCUCAACAUCCUGGCUCUGAUUCUGAAAUUCAUUUAAUAGCUGAAGACGCAUCAAACUUUAGAGUCAAAAAUCUUAUCAGCCAAGGUGUAAGAGAUAUAAUUCAUCCUAGAUGGAUUACGGAAUGUAUUGAUGCGUUAAAGCUGAUCCCCUUGAGUCCAAAAUAUAUGGUAUUUAUUACUGAAUCAACAAAACAAGAAUUUUUGACAAGGAUGGACGAAUGGGGAGAUAGUUAUACGGAUGAAGUUACUAUAGAAGAUUUGCAGGAGACAUUUGAUUUAAUGCCCUUGGAUGAAGAAACUAUCUUUUCAAAUUAUCCAAAGCGUCAAAAGUUAGCUGACGAGAUCGAGGAACGUUAUUUUGCAGAUACUGGAUUACCAAAUUGUUUAUUUCGUCGUUGUGUAGUUUAUAUCGAUUAUCCGCCACCAUUAGAAAAUAUAAACAAAUUAUGGGCUUUAUAUGAAGGAUGUCGUGAUAGGUUGAAGCUUAUUGAAUUGACUCUUCGUUACCAUGACGCUCAAAUUGUCUCCGAUUUUUCGUUAAGUAAAAUUACCCAUGUAAUUUUUGACGAAAAAGACUUAAGUAGAUUUAAUGAAAUAAAGGAAUUUCAUGAAAAGCGUAAAAUAUCACCAUAUUAUGUGCGUUCUUCAUGGGUUACAGACAGCGAGAAUUGUGGAGUUUUACUAGAAGAGAAUGAAUAUAUUCCAAAAAUAUCAAAAUAAUGGCAACUGGAUUUGUUCCUCAUAAGCUUGCAAUUGAUAUUUUCAAUAAGUUGCUUCAGGCCUAUUUUUUAAUUUGCUAAUUCCGGUAUAAGCUUUAAUAACAAAAAUUUAUAUAUGGAUUUGCAUUCUGGAUAUAAAAUUUGCAAGCCCGGAUCCGUCCUGUUACAGGCUUAUUCAUGAUUAAAUUGGUAGAAGCUACAUUAAUUGACUGUUAAUUAUUUGCACUGUUACUUUCUAUAUAUUUAUUUUCGUAGCAUAUUAUCAUUAUUCAAUAAAUUGAAUUUGAAUCUGUG